AUGGUGGGCCCAAAGUUCGCGAUCCUCAUGUGCGCGGAGGAUUCAGACUACAUAAAGCAGACUCACGGCGGUUAUUACGGCGUUUACCUGCGCAUGCUGAAGGAAGACGGUGAGACCUGGGACAUGUACCACGUGGCAGGCGGCACUUUUCCCGCGGACGACGUGCUCGGAGACUACGACGGCUUCGUCAUCACCGGAAGCUGCAACGACGCCCACAGUGAUGACACGUGGAUCCUCACCCUCCUAUCUCUGCUCCACAAGCUGCUCGCCUUAGAAAAGAAGAUUCUCGGCAUUUGCUUUGAGCGGUCGAAGACGGGAUGGGAUAUCGGGAUUACUAAAGUCAAUAUGAAGAACUCGCGAUUUCCGGCUUGUUUGGAAAUUCCGUCUUCUCUUUCCAUCAUCGAGUGCCACCAGGACGAGGUACGGGAAAUUCCUCCAAAGGCGGAAGUGUUAGCAUGGUCGGACAAGACUGGGGUGGAGAUGUUGGUGUAUGGGGAGCAUGAAUCACUUGGGAAGGAGGUAAAGUCUAAGUUGGGAGAGUUUGAGGCUGAUACCCAAGCAUGGAAGAAACUAUGCGUGAGCUUUCUCAAAGGGAGAUUGUCAUGA